GAGUGAGUGAUCUAUUGUAGGCUUUACCUGGCCGUAGAAAGGGAACAAGUGAUGUGUGAAGUGCAGUUGUGAUUUCGAAGUUGUUGCUUUUCUAGAAUUCUGUGACAAAGAAGAGCAUUUGCUUUAUGUAAUAUAACAGGUAGCCAGCUUUCUUGUGUAUUAAUUGAGAUGACAGUAACAGACACUGUCUGCUUCUGCCUCGAGGCGUAAGGUUUGCUGUGGGAUCUACACGGAACAUGCAAACGAUCUGCACUGACAAGGGGAGUCUUUGGUCGUUCCUCGUCUACACCACUUCAUAUUGAAUAGUUCCAUACAAAGAAUACAUGUCCUUACUGAAAGAUUACCAUUCUGAAAGUUGCCUCCUGCAAAUAGACACCUGCCCUUCUUUCCACUGGAGACCUACCAAGUAAGCUGUGUUGCUUCGUGCUGCGGUAUUACUCUAACACGUCAUGAUACCCGCUUUGAACCCAUUGGAAUCCUGGACGUAUUCUUUAAUACCAGUGGCUUUCCGUCAUGUUGUCAUUCUUCUUUAAUUGCGUAAUACCAUGGAAACUUGCAGACAGCCAAGUAGACCACCGAUUUCUUCAGCUCCUACAUCUCUUCCACCUCCUCCACCACCACCACCCUCUCACGUGGGAGCCAUCCCCCAUCUACCGUUUUGUCCUCACGGACCAUAUGCUCCUCGAGCAUCUCGGCAAACUGCAAACACAAUUCCUUGGUGGAAGGCAUGGUUAAGGAAAUAUGUGGUGUUGUGUUUGGUAUCUGGUGGACUCCUGGUGCUUUUGGGAAUUAUCUUCAUUGGAAUCUACUUUACUCUUCGGACUUACACUUCUUCUUUACAAUUCUUUGAAACAAUUCCAACCUAUGUUCCUGCUGUGGUGCUUAUUAUUACAGGACUGAUGGUUAUGUGUUUUGCCAAGAGGAGAAACCGAUAUGCCUACUUGAUCAAACUGGCAGGGGGAUGCUGCUUGAUUUGUGCUCUCUUGUGUGUGGUCAUCACUGUGACCACAACAGUUAUCCACAUGAACAGGCUACAGACUCUUCAUAAAUGUGUUUACACUCCAAAGGCUAAAACUUGCACUUGUGUAUCAGCUAUAGCAGAUCCAGGCACAUCAUCAGAGUCUCAUAGAUUUGUGUUCAACAAUACUCCUAACUGUGAUGUUGUCCAUGGAAGUCUAUCAACAAGUCUACGGGUUUUAUUUGGCCUUUCUGUCAUUGGAAUUCUCAUCUGUAUUUUCUCUGCCAUGUUAGUUUACCAACUCUUAAGCCAUGAGAAGAAAAAACUAUAUUGGGAACAGCUGGAAUUAAGAAGAAGGUUCAUCUAUGCUCGCCACACAAAUCAUCCACUGUGUAGUUGUUAUGAGGACAUGUACCCAUGGCCUCUAUGGGAAAUGUUGGAUUAUCGUUUCCUUAGUGCUCACCACUUUAACUCGGGACCUCUCACAGAGGAAGAAUCUCCAUCACAAGGAACACGUAUACUGGAAAACAAUGGCCAAGGACGAAACAGUAGUCAGCGACACACAGGUUGGAGCUGGCUUCCUUGGCCAUGGCAUAGUGCUGCUGAAAGAAUUCUCCAUACUCGUGGCUCAGUCAGCAAUAUGAGAAACAGUUUCAUGAGGCGAUUAAUCUCAAGAGAAAUAUGGAGAGAAGACACAACAUCCCCUUCCACAUCUACCCCACAUGAGUCCCCUUUGCGGCCAGAUUCACCCCAAACUUCUCCAUGGAGAACCAACACUGGUCACAUUUUUCAUCCUAAUAUGAGAACUGCAGCAGCUCAACAACGUUUUGGUGCUCGCGCGAGACCAACUGGCUCAACAAGGCCAUUAGUAACACACAGAAGAACUCGCUCAAAUGAUGGAGUUUUUCACCAUUUACAGAUGAACUCCUCAGCUCGCUAUAGCCCCUCCUUUGUCCCAGCUGAAAGUUAUGAAAUUCCUAGACACAUGUGGGGACCACCACCUCCUUAUUCUCACCCACCUUCAACAGAAAAUGUUUCAGGCUUACAAAAUGGUUUAGGGAACACUGGACAGCAUUGUUUCCUACCUGGUCGAGAAACUAUCAAUCCAAACUCCACAGUUGUAACUGUGGAAUCUCAAGUUCAUGACACUGAAACAAAUGGUGCUGCAUCCAGUUCUUCCAAAAUGAGCACACCGCUGUCAGAGAGAAGGUUAAUGUGUCACUUUUCUUCAUCUGAUGGUAUCACUCUGACAAUAAGUAAUAACUUGUUGAAUAUCUGUAACCAGAGUGAUGAUGGUGAACUAGAUGAAGAUAAACGAGAUAAUUCAUGUAUUGUUGAAAUGCAAGUACCAUAUAUUGUUCAAAAAGAAGACAUAAUGUUUAAUACUCUACCAACUAGAAGCUCAAGGAAAAAAGACUUAAAUCCAUUCAAAUCUCUAUCUAAUAUUCCUUUGUGUUUAUCAAAGAAACUUAAUGAAAUGAACCUGGAGAAGCAUCAUUCUGGUAAUCUUUCAUUUAUUGAAUCUUGCUGUGAGGUUGAAGAUGUUUUACAUUGUUCUGUGGAGGACCUUUCUAAGUUUCAGGAAAUUGAAAAUACAAUCUGUGAUAAAUUGACAUAUAAAACAUUCUCAGAAAGACACUUGUAUGACGAAGACAGUCAAAAUAUUUCCCUUUCAACAGAUUCUUCCCCAUCUUCUUUAAGUUUCCAAGCAACAUUUGUAGAACUUCCUUCAGAUUUUAAGUCUAGUGUAAUGAUAGCCACUAGUCCUUCUACUCCAGUAACUGAAAAUGUUACUCUUAAUGACAAAAUGUAUGCCCAAUCAAUGCCAAACCUUAGUAUAUCAAACUCUCCCACAGCUGCAAGCAUAUUUUUUCAAGUACCUUCAAGUGGAAACACUUCAACUUCUCAAGAUUUUGCAGAUUUUGAUUUAGAUGAGGAAAGUAGUCCUUUAGAUUUUGAUAGCCCUUCAUCUGAUGCAACAUCUGCACCUUCUCUUCCAGAAGAUGAGCAACAUUUUUAUGGAAGUAACCACCUGUUGUGCAACCAUCCAGAAAUUCCUAAAAAUGAGCACAAUCUUGACUGUGAUGAAAGUCAAUUACCUGGAAAAAUGAGAUGUAACUUACCUUGUCCUCCUACAUUUACAGCAUCUGGUCGAACCUUACCAGCAGAUAAGAGUCAAACGUCCAUGAAGGAGAUUACUGAACAACAAGGCUGUCUCUCUUGCCCAGAGUCUGAAGCUGUCAGUGAGAACAGAGGCUUUUUUAAUCAUGGCUUAGUUGAACCAAAGUACUUGGCUACAGAUUUUACAUCUACUCAAGCAUUUCCUAGUUCCAGUGAAGGGGGAUGUUAUGCCAGUGACAACAUCCCAGCCUUGCUUACAGUCUCUCCAAGAGACAGAACAGAGAGUUUUGUUGUAACAAUCAAAAGUGUGAAUGUUUAAUUUAUCGUUUCACUUUUUGAUGAUAUGUUUUGUUGAAUAAUUACAUGAACAGUAGUAAUUUCUUAUAAGAACUACUUUUUAUGGUACAUACAAGCGAUUAAACCAGAUCAUUAUAAAUAAUAACAUGUUGUUGUGAGUAAAUGUGCCAAGAGUAUAAAAAAAAGAAAAAAGAAGAGACCAUGAGUUGAAUUACCAAAUGAACAUUCAUGAAUGCCUACUACAUUUAAGGGCCUAAGGUGUGACAUACAUUUAACAGUGCAUUUAACAGCAUAGUGAACUUGAUACCAGAUUUCAAGUUGAGCAACCGUGCUCAGUGCUUUCAAUAUUUUUGGAUACUAGCCAACUUUGUGUAUACAUAUAUUUUCUGAUGUUUAAGUAAAUAGCAUGUAGUUAUGAGAGAAGAGUCCAAUAUUUAAAUUCUUAACCAACAGAAAGAAAAAGGUAAAGCAGGAUUAAGCUGUAGUUAGAUUUUGAUAGUUCAAACAAAUGUGCGUUUCUACAUACUUUUCGAGACAUUCAAGUUGCUGACUACCAAGUGAACAUACGUUUACAGUGUAUCCUAAUUACUUUUAGUCCC